AUGGAAGACAAUGACAUCAAAACCAAUGUACUGCAAGUAACAACUGCCGUAGACAAUCCUGUACUUGACUUGCAACGCUACAGCGAGCUCUCAAGGGUCCUACGCGUCACUGCUUGGAUUUACCGUUUCAAAGAAAACACUGGCGCACUGAAGGAAUUGUCUAACUACCUUUUAACGGCAGAACUCAAAAGAGCGGAACAAUACUGGAUAAAGGUCACACAAAAAAAUGAAUUCUCGGGAGAACUUCAGAGCAUACGAAAUGGAAGGCCGCUGAGCACGUCAUCGAAACUAAAAGAUUUGACACCUUUCAUAGAUGACGUCGGAGUUUUACGCGGGUUCGAAGCUGUCGAAUCCAACACCAGAGGUGUGUGUCUGACCCUCAAGGAAGGCUACACUUUUGACAGCCUCCCCCACGAAAUUCGCCUGGAGCGGUGUAAGGUGCGUGCUGUUGUGCCAGGACGCGCUCCGCUUUGCCUGCGCUGCCGUCGUACGGGCCACAUCAACCGGGACUGCCGUGUCCCCCGAUGCUCCGACUGUCAUCGCUUUGGCCAUAAGGCCGACUACUGUGUCAAGACCUACUCGUCGAUGCCCCGCGACCGCAAGGUGGACGACCAGUUAGACUUCGUGAUGAACGACGCCGAACCGGAGGAAGCGGUCGGUGCUUCUGGGCCGACCGUACUUUCGCCGUCCGACGGCGGGGGGUCGGUCACCCCAGCAGACUUCGAUCAUCUGGCCGCACCGGCUGGAAGAACCAGCUCCGAGCCUGUGCCGCAAGGCGCGAAGGCGACAGGCGCGACGACGGAGGAGCCAUAUGCUCAAGAGCAAGACCACAGCCAAAGCGACGGAAUUGCCCCGAGGAGAAGUGACGACGGUACUCUUAGUCGCGACCCCUCGACUUCAGCGCCAGACGCGGACGUUGAGAUGGGCCAAGUAAUCAAGCGACUGCGAGACCCAACGUCAACCCCG